AAUUCAAAACCAAAUCAAAUAUUUUGUCAAUCUUGAAGUGUGCUAUUAAAUAAAAGUCUCAUGUGAAAAAAAUUGUCAGUCUAUUAAGGGAAUCGUUUCUAAUAUGAUGAGCAGAUUAAAAUUGGCAUUGUUGAUUUUGUUUGCCGGAUUGAAAGUGUGUGCCAGUAUACCCUUAAAUGAUGAUGGCUCUGAAUCUACUACUGAAGCCGAAAAACUAACUUGGGAAGGCCUUUAUGCCAUACACGACAAUCUGGUGCACGAAGCCAAGCAAUUAAAUGAACAACUAAACGAGUUGGAGAAAAUAAUUGCAAAUCUAACGAAAAUUUCCACUGCCCAGGAAGCCCUUAUCGUGGAAUACCAAAUUUCCGAUUGGACUACCAUUGAAAAUCGCAUGGAUGGCUCGGUUGAUUUCAAUCGCAGUUGGCAAGAAUAUAAAAAUGGUUUUGGCAAUCCACCAGCUGGAGAAUUUUUUGUAGGCCUACAAAAACUUCAUGAACUUAGCACUGAGAAACCUUACGAGCUCUUGAUUGUAUUGAAACAUUGGGAGGACGAUGAAACCCGUUAUGCUCACUAUGAUCACUUUGAAAUCGGCAGUGAGCAGGAGAAAUAUGCUCUGAAAAACUUAGGUCAAUAUAGUGGCAAUGCUGGUGAUUCCCUAACGACUUUAAAGGAUGCCAAAUUUUCCACCUCUGAUGCGGAUAACGAAGAGAAAAAUUGUGCCCAAUAUUACAAAGCCGCAUGGUGGUUUAAGACGUCGUGCGUUGCAGGUUUGCAUGGGCCUUACCGAACGGAGUAUGAAGCUGAUUAUAUGGAUGGCAUCAGCUGGCUUAAAUGGACGGGAGAGGAUUAUUCAUUGAAAUCUGUUCAGAUUAAAAUACGCCCUAAGAGAAACUGAAAGACGGAAAUUUAUAAAAAAUGUUUUCAAAUUUUUUAAAAAAAAAAUUUAAAAAUUUUGCGCUGAAUAAAUAAG